AUGCGUUUUCAUUUUGUGCUGACGCUGCAGGCGCUGUGGACCGGUGUUUGCCAGGCAGCCAUGCAGCACUACCCUGCAGCGUGGGGCCAUUACGAUGUGUGCAAGUCCCAGAUAUACUCGGACGAAGGCUUAACCUGGGACUACAUGGCCUGCCAGCCAGAGGUAGCAGACAUGACCCAGUACCUGAAGGUUACUCUGGAUCCCCCCAACAUCACCUGUGGAGACCCUCCAGAGACGUACUGUGCCCUGGAGAACCCCUACAUGUGUAAUAAUGAAUGUGAUGCCAGCACAGAGGAACUCGCCCACCCUCCCGAGCUCAUGUUCGACACUGAGGGCCGCAACCCCACAACCUUCUGGCAGUCCACGUUUUGGAAGAAGUACCCAAAGGCCCUCCUGGUCAACAUCACGCUAUCUUGGAACAAGACCAUCGAGCUGACCGACGACAUCAUCCUCACCUUUGAGUCAGGCCGACCCGAACAGAUGGUCCUAGAAAAGUCGCUGGAUUAUGGACGAACCUGGCAGCCCUACCAGUUCUAUGCCACUGACUGCCUGGAUGCCUUCACCAUGGAGCCUAAGACGGUGCAGGACCUGACUCAACAUACCCUGCUGGACAUCAUCUGCACUGAGGACUACUCACGAGGUUAUGUGUGGAAGUAUGAUAAAACAGUGCGCUUUGAGAUCAAGGACCGCUUUGCUCUGUUUGCUGGGCCCCGGCUCCACAACAUGGCUUCACUUUACGGCCAACUGGACACUACCAAGAACCUGAGGGACUUCUUUACCAUCACAGACCUGAGAAUCCGCCUGCUCCGGCCCGCUACAGGAGCCACGAUGGUGGAUGAGAACAACCUGUCCAGAUACUUCUAUGCCAUCUCUGACAUCAAAGUCCAGGGCAGGUGCAAGUGCAACCUUCAUGCCAACAUCUGUGUGUAUGACAAAGAGAAGCUGAGCUGCGAGUGUGAACACAACACCACCGGGCCUGACUGUGGCCGCUGUAAGAGGAAUUACCAGGGGCGAGCGUGGAGCGCUGGCUCCUACCUGCCCAUCCCCAAGGGCACGGCCAAUAUCUGUAUUCCUAAUAACAUUGGUCCCGUUAACUGCGAAUGCUUCAACCACUCCAAACGAUGCAGCUACAUCGAGCUGCUAAACACGGUCAUUUGCGUGAGCUGUAAGCACAACACUAGAGGCCAGCACUGCCAGCUCUGCAAGCUGGGCUACUACCGCAAUGCCUCGGCAGAACUGGACGAUGAAAAUGUGUGCAUAGAGUGUAAUUGUAAUCCCUUUGGCUCAGUCAGUGAUCGCUGUAAUGGCACAGGAUUUUGUAUAUGUAAGGAGGGCACUACAGGGCCUAAGUGUCAGGAGUGUCUACCCGGCUAUUUGUGGGACGAUGGCUGCAAAUCCCGGGUGUGUGACAACGAGCUCCUGCGCUGCCAAAAUGGCGGGGUGUGCGUCAACAACGUACGCUGCAACUGCCCCGCAGCCUACACGGGCCUGCAGUGCGAGAAGCCUCGCUGCGAGUCGGAGCUGGGGGGCUGCGGGGGACCCAACUCAGGCCAGGCCCCCCUGACGCCCCCGUCCUCCCCCACGCUGCUGUCGCUGCUGCUGCUGAUGGGCUCGGCGCUCCUGAGAGAGGCCUCCUGCUGGCCCGCCGUGCUCUGAAGAGACCCAUGACCCGGUGGGAGAGAUAAACCCCCCACCACCUCCACCUUAACCUUCCCAUCCCCCCCGUUCAAACAACCAACAACCAUUUAACAAGAGCAACCAUGAGCUUUCUGGACUGUAUGUACUGAGCUUCUCCGCCGCCAGACUCAAUGGACACUCGCGCUGACAAUAAAGGGAAUGUGCCCGACAAAUGAGUGCAAAAACUUUUCAUUUAAUUUCAAAGAAUAUAUAGAAAUGAAAAAAACAUAUACUUCUAAAAAUGCCAGAUAUUAGUAAAAAAAAAAAAAAAAGAGCAACUGAGCAUUUGCCUAAUAAGAGUAAAAUGAGCAAAGAACAAUGAGACUCCCUCCCCCUCUAAGCCAUACCAGGUACUUGAGCUCCUUCCAGUUUGAGAAGGGAUAACCGAAGAUGACAGACUUGUUCACUUCCUCUCUUAUUGCCACGGCAACAACAGCUGCGACCAAUCAGCUCUCGCACGAGCCGACAGAGGCCGCCGAUCCCCCCGGGAUGCUUCUGUGAGUUAAUGUUGGCUGGACUGACGCCGAAGAAAUCUCAAAGAAACCGCCCCCCUGCCGAACGGCAGAGACUGGCCUCGGAAACGCAACGGUUACACAUCACCACGGCGACAAACAAGAGGAGGAGACAACGCAGGCGGCAUUCUUUGCUGUCAGUGCAUUGUGGAUAGAAGGAAAUCUGUCCGGACUGCCACUUUGUGACACAAAAACCUUGCCCACGUCGAUCCCUCUCCAGCUUUCUGUCUCUCCCCCAAGCUCUAUCUCAUCCUCCCUCCUCUUCAUCCUCCCUCUCGUUCCGUCCUGCAGUCCCCGGCCCCCUCGCCAUGCUGCCACAGACCUGUGCUUUCGUGAACGUUACUCUGUAAACCCUUGUUGGUUGAAAGAUUCUUUUGUCCGAUGUUAGUGAUGCACAUGUGUAAGAAGCCCCUUCCCUCUCCCCUCCUUUCCCCUCUCCUCCAAAAAGAUACUCCAAUAAACCUGUCUGAUUCUUUUUCUAUCUUAGAGCCACCACGCUCCCUCUACGAUCAUGGUCAGAGGAUAGUUUUCACCUGAGCAGGCGAGAAGCGCAUAGAAAACCAUCGGUGUAUUUGCAAGAUCUUUUCUCGACAGAGCAAACAAAAAAAGAGUCAUGUAGUCCUUUUGUAUCUUUGCCGAACUGUGAUUGAAAAAAGGCAACCUUAAAUGUAUCUAUUUAGGACAUCCAAAUGCGCAAGCAGUUGUUUUUGGUUUUCUUUCGAUUUCCAUUUCUUUCAUUCACCUACUUUAUUUGUUAAUAUUACUUUUAGUUGUGCAGUUGAUUUUCCUUUGUAUUGGCAACGUGCUGGCAUCAAAGAAUAUCAGUUUACAUAUACAGUAUAAAUAAAGUGUAAUAAAAUCCCACCAAAGGACGUUAUAAA